AGAGGCGUUGCUGUUGGUAGAGGGACCGUAUAUGGGUUUCGGUUUGUUUUGGUUUUGUAAUUCGCCCCAACUUUGAAGCACCUGGAGAGGCACCUGGAGAAUCACCUUGCAGCAUGCUCAAGUCGGCGAGGAUCGGCCUGGGGAUCAGGUGGUAUACGGCCAAGGCCAAGCGGAGUGUUCUGGCCCAGGAUCAGAGCAAAGUCAAAGAGUACACGCCAAAGGUUACGGACAACCACGAGCAUCGGGUUUAUGUCUGGGGAUUCCAGGAGACGGGCGCCUUGGGCCUGCAGACGAGCGUGAAGAAGGCCAAGGAGCGCUACACCGAAAUGGUCCAUCACCCUACGAGGCUGCAGUUCUCGAACAACAACGAAAUCACGGACGUUACCGCCGGAUACGGAUUCACAGCCUACGCCGUGCAGCGGGACGACGGAGAGACCCUCUUCGGCAGCGGGCUGAACACAGACUCUCAGCUGGGCUUCCAGGUGAAGGGGAACGCCAAGGACCCCUCCAACCUGGACGUAAUCAUCUACCCCACAGCCAUCAAGCUGCCGCGGCGGCAAGAGGAGACGGACGAGGACAUGCAGGUGAAGAGCAUGUCGGCGGGAAGAGCCCACCUGGUGGUGGUCACGAAGAACGGCACAGUCUUCACGCUGGGCAACAACUCGUACGGCCAGUGCGGCCGCUCGAUCAUCGAGGACGAGCGGUACUCGGGCAGUGCGCUCAUCCACCGGAUUCCCCAGGAGGACAUCUGCGGUAAGGAGGAUGAGAUCACCCACGUGGAGUGUGGGCAGGAUCACACCAUGUUUCUCACCAAAAACGGACGCAUUUACACCUGCGGGUGGGGCGCCGAUGGACAGACUGGCCAGGGAAACUACCACACCGCUGGCCAGAUAACCCUCAUCGGCGGGGACAUCGCCAAGGAGAAGAUCGUGCGAGUGACCUGCUCCUCGGACUGCGUUCUGGCGCUCAACGAGGCGGGCGACGUCUUCGGGUGGGGGAACUCGGAGUACGGCCAGUUGGACGACUCAGAGCACGCCGAGACCCAAAUCAACACUCCCCGCGCCCUGAAGCUGACCAAAGGUAUUGGCAGGAUCAAGGAUGUGGCUGCCGGAGGCUCUUUUUGCAUGGCCCUGACGGACGAGGGCCUGGUCUACACCUGGGGCUUUGGCAUCCUCGGUUUUGGGCCGUUCGUGGAGCAGACCUCCCGGCCACAGCACCUGCUGCCGCCUCUAUUCGGUAGAAACGACUUCAGCAACGCCACAACGGUGGUGUCCAUCGGGUGUGGAGUUUUCCACAUGGGCGCCGUCAACUCGGAUGGAGAUCUCUUCAUGUGGGGCAAGAACCGGUUCGGCCACCUGGGCCUGGGCCACAAGAAGGACCAGUUCUUUCCCUUCAAGGCGGCCAUCAACGGGAAGGUCUCGAAAGUGGCCUUCGGAGUGGACCACACCAUCGCCCUCUGCAAGCCAUACUUUUAAGACGUGAAUAGACAUGUAUUUAAUCGUUGUUAAAGAAAGUUAAAAACUAAACAUAAAAGUAUCUAUAAAGUA